GACCGCGCACAUGCGAUGCGGGCGAGCCCGUUCCAAAACCCUCCACUCCUCGCCGCGCUUCUUCUAAAACCCUUCUUCUUCCCCUUCCGACCAUCCUCCUCCUCCUCCUCCUCCUCUCUCUCCCUACCGGGAAAAACCCUAGCCAUGGCGAAAACCCUAGACGAGUCCCACGUCGGCAUCUCCUGCUACGUCUCCUCCCUCCCCGGCUUCCGCGGCGUCUUGAAGCAGAGGUACGCCGAUUUCAUCGUCAACGAGGUGGAUGGUGAUGGAAAGAUCGUUCGCCUCACCACCGUCGAUCUCCCUCCAAACGUUGAUGAUGAUAAAGAAGAAGAGAAAUCUCCUUCAAUUGAUAAAGAUUAUUCCAGUGAGAUUGAAUCAUUUCGGUCCCUAUGUGGGGAUGCCGAUGCAGAAGCUUUGAAGGAACUUCUUGGGAGAAUCUCAUCAAGUCCAGAAAGUGAUGUUCUGCCGAUCAUUCUUUCUCCAGAUUCUGAUAAGUCUCAUCGAGCGGAUGUUCAUAACUUCUUCAAGAAGAACUUCAAUUUCUUGGUCACCGAUACGGUUGAAGGGUCGGAUGGGAACGAGAGAUGCAUUAGGGUGAGGUUCAGUUUGAAAGAGGCAGGAGGUGGGAGCAGGAGGGGGAAGAAGCGGAAAAAUACAGGCCAUUCGGAUUCAAAUGAUGGCAGGCCGUUUGAUAGCAGAGGAUCGGAUAGUUGGCCAGAGCAUCUGGGCAAAUUUCUAAGGUUUCACCUUUACAAAGAGAACAAGGACACUCAAGAGGCCUUAGGAGUUAUUGGAAAGAUGCUAGGGAUUCAGCAACGGUCAUUUGGUUUUGCUGGUACAAAAGAUAAACGCUCUAUAUCAACACAGAGGGCGACCAUAUUCAAGCUGCACGCCAAUAGAUUAGCUGCUCUGAAUAGCAGACUCUUUGGUAUUAAAGUUGGAGACUUUUCUUAUGUGAGAGAGGGGCUUGUCCUUGGUCAGCUCUUCGGAAAUCGGUUUACAAUUACUUUAAGAGGUGUUGUUGCAGAUUCUGAAGAAACUGUUAAAACUGCUGCUGAUGGCUUAGGAAAGAACGGUUUCAUCAACUAUUAUGGUUUGCAACGUUUUGGAAGUGGUUCUGUACCAACUCAUCUUGUUGGAGCAGCAUUACUUCGAGGAGAGUGGAAGGAUGCUGUCUACUUGAUUCUUGAUCCAAGGGAAGGAGAACGUGCUGAUGUGAGAGAGGCACGAGAAUUUUAUAAGGAACAUGGUAAUAUUGAUGCAACACUAAGGAAGCUGCCUCGUCAUUUGGUAGCUGAGAGGGCAGUUCUUCAGUGUUUGAAGAAAUGCCCUGGUAACUAUCUGCAGGCUUUAAAGGCUAUACCUAGAACGCUAAGAAUGAUGUAUGUGCACAGUUACCAAAGUUACUUGUGGAAUCAUGCAGUUAGCAUGAGGGUACAAAAGUAUGGUGUUUCACAGGUUGCACUAGGUGAUUUAGUUUAUUGUAAAGAUAGCUCUCCUGUAGAUAUGGUUAAAGUCGACAGUUCUGAAACUGAAGACGAUUUGAAUGAUGGAUCAUUAUUAGAGGAAUCUGGUGAGGAAAUUCCUGAUGAAAAGGUUCAAUUUGUGAAGACAGUUGAUUCUGAAGAUUUACAGAAAGGAACCUACACAUUUGAAGAUGUUGUGCUUCCUUUGCCCGGAUCAAGAAUAAUCUAUCCCGGGAAUGAAGUCGCUAACUUGUAUCAUGAAAUGGCAACAAAGGAUGGCAUCAGCUUGAUAGAAAGUGCUCAUGGAGUAAAGGAAUUUUCAAUUACGAGUAUGAAAGGAGGUUACAGACGGGUAUUCCAGCGUCCUAUUGAUUACAGAUGGGAACUAAGAACGUACACAGAUGACAAUAUAUCCUUGGCAGAGACUGAUCUGGAUAUCAUGUCCAAAAGCACACCUAGUGAUCUAACAAGGAAAGAGCUACUCACCAAUGGAGACUCGGCCAAAAAGUUGGCUAGUCAGAAGUCAAAAGGUGAAAUUGAUAUGGAGCUAUCUAAAGUCGAUUCCAUUUCUAACUCAGAUGCUUUAUUACCCAAGAUGGCUCUGAAAAUGGAAUUCACUUUGCCAGCUUCAUGCUAUGCCACAAUGGCCAUUAGAGAGUUGCAGAAAAGUACAACUUCGCAGGUUGCUUUCCACAAAACGCUGAACCCUUGUACUGGGUAGUAUCUUUUGUUUCUUUAUGCAUAUCAACAAAAUCUGGGAUCCUACUUCCAGGAAAGUCAAAAUUGGAGGAGCUGAUUAUAUAUUUAUGGAUCAAAAUACUCCUGUUGAUACUCUGAUGCAUAUCAAGGAGUGAUCGGGGUAUUUUCCGCCCAUAGAGGAAGAUUUUGAUCCAAAAACGCCAAAAAGAAAAAAUGCAAAAUAAAAUAAAAUGUGAAGCUGCUCCUGCCGACACCACAAGAAACUGAAAGCGUCUAAUAAGCUCGCAACGCAGCGAGAGUGUGCAUGAUUAAGCAAAUCAUCGAAGACGAGGAUACCUACUGCUUUCUUCGAUCUGUGAACUCCCUUUGCAUUUCCUCUUAAUAGUUCAUCAAAGCUUCAACUGGUAAAAACUGUAUCUUAAUUAUUUGCUAUGAGCUUCUCCGUGGCUUUAUUUUAACUUAAAUAUGUUGUAAGCUGGUUGUAGGACGAGGUCUAGGUUACUUACAAUGUCAUGGUAACAUUAUUAAGGUUUUUGUGAUAUUUCGUGCUUAUUCGUGUGGCACUUUUGAUCCUUUGCCGGUCUGUUUGCAAGCUCAUAUUUGUACUCACAGAAAAAGGGCCUUUUUUAUUAUUA